CACUUUCAGUUCUCCCAAAACUCCUCACUGCUCACAUCUUGAGAUCUGGAUUCGAUCUGUUUAUCUGUUGGAAGGCAAACUAGGAAUAUGGAAAGAGCCAUUUAUGCACUGGUAGCAGGCCUGCUUCUGUGCUUUGCUAAUGUCUCGGCUUUUGCUCCUUCGGGGUGGACAAAAGGCCAUGCCACCUUCUAUGGAGGCAGCGAUGCUUCCGGCACCAUGGGAGGGGCGUGCGGGUACGGGAAUUUGUAUGCGGCAGGUUAUGGAACCCGGACAGCGGCCCUGAGCACUGCACUGUUCAAUGACGGAGCAUCCUGCGGGCAGUGCUACAGGAUCAUGUGUGACUACCAAACAGACACCAGGUGGUGUAUAAAGGGAGCCUCGGUCACCAUCACAGCGACCAAUUUCUGCCCUCCAAACUUUGCCCUCCCCAGCAAUAAUGGAGGCUGGUGCAAUCCUCCAUUGCAGCACUUUGACAUGGCCCAACCCGCCUGGGAGAAGAUCGGCAUCUACAGGGGAGGGAUUGUGCCAGUCCUCUUCCAAAGGGUGCCCUGCAAGAAACACGGAGGAGUGAGAUUCACCAUCAACGGGAGAGACUACUUCGAGCUUGUGCAGAUCAGCAAUGUUGCAGGGGCUGGAUCGAUCCAAUCGGUGUCGAUCAAGGGCUCCAAGACUGGAUGGAUGGCAAUGUCAAGGAACUGGGGAGCAAACUGGCAGUCCAACUCUUACCUCAAUGGUCAGUCCCUCUCUUUCAGGGUCACCACAACCGACGGAGAGACCAGGGUCUUUGAGAACAUCGUGCCGUCUAACUGGGCCUUUGGGCAGACAUUCUCCAGUAACAUACAAUUCUAACCGAGCUGCGACCGAGGCCACCAAUCACAUUUCAGAAUUUCACGUUUUGAGCUGGCAGAGGCGUGCUCGUCAUCGAUCUUGAGCUGCCCGCCGUCGCUUUUCUCGAGCCUUUAACUAGUGAGGUGAUUAUGGCUCAAAUCGAAAUUCUUGAGAAACUUUAUGGACAGAAUUCGAUGGCAUAUUUCUAUACACUGAAAUUCAUUCUAUUACACAAAUGUGGAAAAGAAUAAUCAAGAAGGAGCUCGACCCGAAUCGCAGCUUCGUAUCGUAUAAUAGGCUAUGUGGUGUGAUUUCUAUUUUACAGUCAUAACGUUAUGUGUGUCUUCCUUCAAGACACACUUUCGUGAUGUAAGAUGAAUGAAUUAUUGGCUUAUUAAUUUUCUCGUUGCGUAUCAUGUUGAA